UCUUUUUCCAUCCUCCGCCUGGCAGAGCAAAGAAAAGCAGUUGUUCCACCAUCUCGCGCUCACAGAAGGACUCACUCUUCCGCCGCGACGAAAAACGCACCGUUUCAGACCAUUGAUUGCGGAUCGCGCGGGUGUGCACGCCAUUUCGUGGUAAAAAAAAAUACAACGCGCGCCCCAAGGCAAAAAAAAACUUCGGCCAUCUUCUUUUCUGGAUCCCAGCACCACCUUUAUCCUGCUUGCGGUUACCAGCCAAGGGCCCACUUGCCACCAUCGAACAAGCACCAAAAGAGCAAAACGGUUCCGCUCUGCCGCCGCCCUUUUGCAUCCACUUAUCUCCUUACGCCUGCCACACCAGCCUGGAAGAAGGUUUCGCUACUUCGCCAUUCACCGUGCGGUACUUCCUCCCUCACCUACGGCCAACUGCCUAGCCUGCCUAUCGGCCACGCGAAUCGGCAACACGUCCAUUACCCACCCUCCACGACACCUCGACAGAAAAGGUCUUCUGCCUCUGACCUCACACCUCCACCCACUUUUUUCCGCUCUCGUCUCGUCCUGCGCGGUUGUACCUGACAGUCGUCACCCCCAGCCCGCUCAAGGGAAAAAAAUAAAAACAGGACCAGGACCCAGUCUCCACACUGGAACCCUCCCCCGAACACCACACCUCCAAGAGGGACCUUCCUUGAGCCGCUUCAUCCACCGCCCUUCUCGCAUCGUCGCGUGGGCCUUUUUCGCAAACCCGUUGUUUGCACCUACAUCACCUCCCGCAAAGACUCCGGGUCCGCUUCUCGUGGGAUCCCCGCGUCUUCUUGAGCCUCGAGGCAGUCAUCGACAGCUUCGGCUUGCCGUUAGUCCCGUCAACACCAACGGUCGUCCCGCGACGUCCCGGCCCCUCACGCUUCGCGACGCGUCUCGAGCAGUAGCAUGGACAGUUCUCAUUACCCGUCCAAUGGUAUAAACACAACGUCCGCGCCACAGACAUACCCAUCGCCAACUGCCAUCUCGCCCAACCAGCUCCAGACGGGUUCUCCUUUGCCGCAGACGCUGCCUCCUCUGCAGCCCCCGACCUCCGCCAUGCAGCCCAUGUACGGUAGCCACCCGCACACGCCGCGGACUCCUGGUACUCCCAACACUCCCAACUCGACUGGGAACGUGCCCACGUACCAGAACACGUCCCAGCCCGCGUCCCGGCCCGGUGUCUACGCCAUGGCUCAGAACCCGUAUCCCCCCCAUCCGGGAUACGGCACGUCGGCCGCCAUGAUGCCGCAGACUACCACCGCUGCGUCUCACCCGCAGCCUAUUGCGCCCGCGCCCGUCGGCGGCCGUGGCCCUCCGGUCCUGCGCCCGAUGCCUCCGGGUGGCCUCAUGCCCCAGCCCGGCCAGCCCUCGCCCUAUGGUCCCGGCUCGCUGAUGCAGCCCAACCCGGUCCUCCAGGAGGGAGAUCAGCCGACGCACGUCGUGGGCUCCCAGGGCCGCCGCGGCAUCCUGCCCAGCGCUCCGGGCCGGCCUGCCGCCCCUCCGGCCGGCACCACUGCCGCAAAGAAUACGGUGAUUCCCGUCAAGGAUGCGGACGGCAAGUUUCCUUGCCCGCACUGCACCAAGACUUAUCUCCACGCUAAGCACCUGAAGCGUCAUCUCCUUCGACACACUGGCGACCGCCCCUACAUGUGUGUGCUUUGCCGUGAUACGUUUUCGCGAAGUGACAUCUUGAAGCGUCACUUCCAGAAGUGCUCCAUUCGUCGUGGUAACCCCACCGGAGCCAGCCACCUGUCUCAUCCGCAGGCCCACGUUAAGAAGAAUGCUCAGGCCCAGAAGGCUGCCGGCCUCGCCAACGAGGGUGAUAUGAACCACCUCAACGGCCUCAACAACAUGCCCCCGGCCGACGGCAUGGUCCACCCCUUUGGCAUGGUUCCCGUCCAGGACGGCAUGAAUAACAUGGCCGGCGACCAGAACCAGCUCUCCCGAUCUAACUCCAUGAACCGGCUCGAGAAUGGCGCGCCCCAGGAUCGGAGGAACAUGCCUGGCAUGAACAACUCGCAGCCCUAUGGUGCCGACGUCCAGAACUCGAUGAACCAGCAGCAGAUGCCCAACUACGGCGUGCCCCACGGUCAGAACGGGAUGCCCAUGUAUGGCGGUUCCAACGCGAAUCAACAAUCUGGCCUCGAUUGGUCUCAGAUGUUCCAGGCUGGUGCGCAUCAAACCCUCAACGAGCAUCCAUUUCAUCCUCCUAAUCGUGGGCAGACGCAGAUCGGAACCAAAACCGGGCCUAAUUCCUCUAUGGAGACGACGGGUUGCAGCUCCAGCGACGCCGUCGUCUACUCUGAGUGGGGCAUACCGUCGAGUGUCGAGAAUCCUUAUACCCAGCUUUCUAACCAGAUCCUUAAUUUCUUUUACCCCCCCAACGAGGCGAUUGACCCUCAUCUGACCGGCAUGAACCUGCAUCUUUCCCCAGAAAACGUUGACAACUUCAUUGGCCACUACGACAAUUUCCACCAGCACGCGCCGCUGCUUCACAAGCCCUCGUUCCGGAUCAUGGAUGCCCACAUCGGCUUGGUCACUUGCAUGUGCUGCAUUGGCGCCUGCUACUCGGAUCGGGUGGAGCCAUCUGUCGUCCGCGAGAUGAUAGAUAACCUCUGGAUCUCGAUGGAGCGAGAUUGCCUUGGCGCAAUGCCGGCUCAGUCUCACUCCGGGGACGACCGGGGCGAAGAUGCCUCAGCAACAGACAUUCAGGUGCUGCAAGCGCUUGUGCUGAUGAGCGCUCUUCACGUGUGGAAUGGAACUUCGCAGCAGCGCACCCGGGCAAGAAGUGCAUUUCCUCAGAUCGCGUCCCAGGCGAGGCGCCUUGGUCUUUUGCACCUUCGAGGGCCCGGCAAGCCCGGGCCACGAGCGCAGGACUGGCUGGCCUGGGCAGAUUCCGAGCAGCGUUUGCGGCUUAUGCACAGCAUUAUUGUCUGCGACACCAUAUGGGCAUUGUAUUGCAAUAUUGCGCCGCAGUUUGGGCCGUUCGAGAUACAACUGCCCUUACCGUGCGACGAGUCUCUUUGGAGCGCUAGGACCGAAUCGGAUUGGGCAUCAAGCAUCAGACUGCGACAGAAUUCGGGGUCUCUGCACGGUGACCAACCUGAGUUUGAUCUGGCUCUGAGGACAUUACUCCAUCCGCUUUAUCGAAUAAGCAAGGGAAGCACCAGCACGGGUGGGAAGUGGACGCUAUUGUUUGCCGUCAUGGCUCUCAUUUGGCGCGUUCAGCGGGGUGGAUUCUUGGGGAACCCCCACCAAGAUGACCCUCUUCCUUCCCGCGUGUGGAUUGUGGCCCAUGGCGGAGUUAAAAUGGAGACGGAUCCAGUCAACGGCCAAUCUCUCGAUCCGCAAAGCCACCUCAUCCUGAGUGGCGCCCUCGAUAAGGUCAAGACGAUUCUAGACGAGGAUGCGCCGUCGACGGCGGCAGCUAGUCAGGGACCCGAGGGCUGCAUCCACACUGACUCUAUUCUGUCUUACUGGAUGGCGAAGCGUCUGUUGACGUACAAGCUUCCAGAUGACCCGGACUUGUCAGAGGAGGCAUGCUUCAUGCAAGUGCUGCGGCUCAUGGAUGGCAUCAGGGCCUGGGUAAUCAACAACGGGGAAGCAAAAGGGGAAAAAUUGGAGCAGGUUGGGGAGAUCAAGGAACAUGAGGAUUCGACGUUGAACAUGACGGACUUUUUCGGCAACACCCCCCGUGGAGCAGGCGACACUGGAGCAGCACCGGCCACAAAUUGAAAACCGGCACAAUCGGAGGAAUGGAUAUGUUACGAUUGACAAAAGCAUUGGGGAAGGAGGCUGCAUUCGGUGGCGUUGAGAUCCGUGUCUUUAUUUUCGUUCUUGUUUUGGUUGUGGAAUUUCACGCGUUUCGGGGACCAGUUUGGGGCUUUGUCGGGUGGACUGACGGUGGUCAUGGCUGCUGGCAGGCGCCAAGGCGCGCUGACUCUUGUCAAGCAAGGCGGGAAGGCGGUCCAGCUCUGCAAAUGCAUUUCCGAAAAGGAUAGACGGCGGACGGGAGUUGAGUUUGCAUUACUAGACUUUUGAUCCUUCAGAUAGAACGGACGGUCGGUCGGCUACUGUGUAUUUCCGAGGGCCAUGAUGACUCUAUGGCCGGAAUUGAUCAACGAUGUUUUUGUA